GGCUCUCACACGUCUCCGGAGGAGGCUCUCCUCACCGUUUACCAUGAUGAGGAGCUAACGUUCAGGUGGAGAGUGUUAACAAGACGCUUUUUUUCUUUCUUUCUCCCCGCCCCUGGUACCGGCAGAGUGGAAUAUAUUGAGACUGAGCUGGAGUCUGAGUGGAAUAUUGUUUAAUCUUUUUUAAACGAGUCCGUGGAAGUUAAAGAUGCAGGGAGGGAACUGAGCUCGGACGCCGCGCUUUGAGGGAGACGCUUCAGAGGGCAUCUGCUCAGCCUCCAGUCUGAACGUCCUCUUUGGAAUCACCAUGGUGCUGUUUCUGUAACCUUCACCUGCUUGGUUUUCGUCCUCCUGCUCAGACCUUUUUUCUUUUUCUUUUUUUUUUUUUUCCUCCAACCAUACAAACAAACUCCUGCAAUGGAUCACCUGUGUCCAGUUGAAGGCGUGAGCUGGACACAGGCCCUCGUCGGCAAACUGUAGCGCUCUGGACUUUUUCCCCGUGAUCUUGCCCUGGAGUUAUUCUUCAUUUGGACCAGGAAUGGACGUACCAGAGUCGAGCAAGCAUGGCAAGAAGUCCACAUGUCAAAAACUUGAAGACCAGAAAAAGAUAUACACAGACUGGGCCAACCACUACUUGGCCAAGUCUGGCUGUCCACGCCUCAUCAAAGACCUGAGCCAGGACGUCACCGAUGGAGUCUUGCUGGCGCAGAUCAUCCAGAUCAUAGCGAACGAGAAGGUGGAGGACAUCAAUGGUAGCCCCAGGAGCCAGUCGCAAAUGAUCGAGAAUGUGGAUGCCUGUCUCAGUUUCUUGGAUGCCAGAGGAGUGAAUGUCCAAGGGCUCUCAGCAGAAGAGAUCAGGAAUGGCAACCUGAAGAGCAUCCUUGGCCUCUUCUUCAUCCUGUCACGCUACAAGCAGCAGCAGCAGCAGCAGCAGCAGUACUACCAGUCCCUGGUGGAGCUCAGCCAGCAGGCCAGCAGCACUGCACCGUCCACCAGCAACCUCAAAACACAAGAGAUGCAGUCCAGUCUCACAGCACGAUAUGCAAGUCCUCCAGGCCACAGUGGAAUAGGGUCACCUCAGAAGAAAAACACAAGGUUACCAGGGCCGGCCAGAGUCCCUGCUGCAGGCAGCGGGGCGUCCAGAAGCCCAGGCUCAUCCAACCUCAACCGCCGGAGCCAGAGCUUCAACAGCAUCGACAAGAGCAAGCCUCUUCAGUAUGCAAGCGGUAACGAUAGAGAGUCGAUGAGGGGCAUCCCAGUACCUAGUGGGAUGAAUGGGAGUGGUAUUGGUGGGAUGGUUCCCACCAGCCUCAGUGGGCAGCAGCUGGCCUCUGCCAUCCCCUCACCUACAGCUGGGAAGUCCUGGCGCAGCAAGUCCAUGAACCUCAAGCACAGCGCCACUUCCUCCAUGCUGGCAAGCCCCACACACUCACCUUCCACCACCCCUUCACCACAGGCCCUGGAAGGCCUACACACUCACGGAAGUGAGGCCUCCAAAGUCGGGUCAGGAGCCAUGCCUCCACAGAGGUCAAUGCUCGAGAAGUUUCGACUUAUUAACCCUCGUUCAGCCUCAAGAGCGUCACCAUCCAUGGCGGAAAUGACUCUCCAGGAGGAAGACGACCUAUCAGAGUACGGAGACGAUGGGCAGACCCCAACGGGGUCAGUGUGCAGCAGCGGCUGUAGCAGCGCUACCGCCAAACAGAUCUCAACAAAGACGCCAGCAUCAUCCCUUUCUGCACCUAGCAAAACCUCGUCUUCAUCGUCAUCAAAAACGUCUGCUAGUGGCAGCAGGUCCAUGGCCCCAUGCAAAGACAAAGAGGACAAAAACAAGUCAGGGAAGUCUUCGAAGGACAGUUCUCCUCCAAAAGAGGAGCGCGAGAAUGCGGCCGACUCCACAAAGAAGACCUCCAAGAUAGCCAGCCUCAUCCCCAAGGGAGGAAAGUCAUCAUCAGGGAAGAAAGAUGGCGGCUCCACCUCAGCUUCCAGUGGCAUCCCGAAACCAGGACUCAAAGCUCCAUCCAUGGCGUCGGCCAAACCUCAGAGCCAGUCCCAAAACCAGAACCAGAACCAAGCUGCCUUACACAGCAGUGGCAACAUGCGGGCAGGCGAAGGAGAGCGAGCCAAGCUGACCAAAGGAGGACAAGGCGGGAGUUUUUAUAUCCAGCGCUCUGCCGGCGGUCCAGAGGGCAAGCGGACCAGCAUGACCUCAUCUACCAGUACCUCAGCUCUGUCCGGAUCCGGUGGGAUGCUGGUAGGAGGAGGCGGGGCACUCGGAGGCAACGGAGUGGUUCAGCUUCCACAGCAGCAGCAACACAACCACCCCAACACUGCCACGGUGGCACCCUUCAUGUACAGGACGUUCUCUGAAAACGACUGCACCAUGGUGGCCCCAGCCGACCCCUGCCUCAGCCCCACCAAGGGAGAGCUGGUCUACAGCAAAACAGCCAAGCAGUGCCUGGAGGAGAUAUCAGCAGGAGAGGACCCCGAGACGAGGCGUAUGAGGACGGUGAAGAACAUCGCUGACCUGCGGCAGAACCUGGAAGAGACCAUGUCCAGCCUGCGGGGAACACAGAUCAGCCACAGUACGUUAGAAACAACCUUCGACACCACAGUGACGACAGAGGUGAACGGGCGGAGUCUCCCCGCCCUCGCUGCUCGCUCCUCCCCCAUGGCCUGGCGUCUUGGCCAGUCUCAAACCCCACGUCUCCAGGCAGGUGAAGCCCCCUCCAUGCCCAGCGGAUAUCCUGCGCCCAGGUCCAGCACAGCGGGCGCCGCCCCCAACACGGGCCGAUACAGCGGCCACUCGGACCCCACCAGAUACCUAACCGACAGUGGCCUCCACCUGUAUGGACGGACGGCAGGCCGAUCCUCGGAUGUGGCUUCUCCUCGGGAGAUUCCCCAGAGAGGGAGCAAAGAGAUGCAGGGCGACAUUGACAGUUGGGACGACAGCAGCUCGGUGAGCAGCGGCCUCAGCGACACCUUGGACAACUUCAGCACCGACGACCUGAACACGCCGGCGUACUCCGCCACGAGCUCGUCACGCAAAAGCAAGGGAGCACAGUCCCAGAAAGGAAGCAGGUCCAAGCAUGCCGAGCCGGAGGUGAGCAGCAGUUGGAUUGGAGCUGAAGAUCUGAAAAAAGUAGAGGAGGAGUUGGAUGCGAGCAUGGACCCCAACGGCAGCCCCUCCCGCUGGAAGCCUUCCCCGUCCGCCUGUUCACCCCAAACCCAGGGUCAGUAUGAGGACACGGGUCAGAAGGCAGCGGGGCUACCCCAGAUGUCCCAGACAGGCUCGUGGAGGAGGGGCAUGACGGCCCAGGUGGGGAUUACCCCACCCAGGACCAAGGGGGCCUCCGCUUCACUCAAAAGCCCAGGUAAAACAGACGAUGCCAAGGCCUCAGAAAAGGGCAAGGUACCCUCCAAAAGCUCUGCUGGGAUACAGCGUUCUCCGUCAGAUGCUGGGAGAAGUAGUGGGGAUGAAGGCAAGAAGCCUCCUUCUGGAAUUGCUCGCCCCCCUGCCACCAGUUCCUUUGGAUACAAGAAGAUCCCUGGCCCUGCCGGCACUCUAAUUACCUCAAGCGGUGCAGCCCUCACCAGCGGCUCAGCCACACUGGGCAAGGCCCCCAAAUCGUCGGCUGCCCUCGGCAAAGGCACGAGCAUUGGUGGCGUCCGUAAAACCAGCCUGGAUGGCUCGCAGCCCCAGGACGACGGCAUUCUCCUCAGCUGCAGCGGCUCCAAGGUCACCCUGCAGUACCGCUCCCUCCCCAGACCCGCAAAAUCCUCUAGUGGGGCGGCGGCUGCAGUGGCCGGGCGCUGCGGACACCGCUCCAGCUCCAGCAGCAUCGAAUCAAACGUCAGCGGCAAGUCAGCGGUCGGGGCAGCAACACAAGCGGGUGCCAAACGGAGGGAGGGAAAGGUGGGCUCAGACCGCUCCAGUCCCAUCACCGUCAACCAGACGGAUAAAGAGAAAGUCGGGGUGUCGGACCAGGACCCGGCAGCAGGGCUGUCCACCUCUCCCAAAUCCAGCCCCACAUCCAGCUCAGCGGGCCAAUCAGGCCUCAGGCAGCCGGGGUCCAAAUACCCAGACAUCGCUUCGCCUACCUUCCGCAGAUUGUUUGGCACCAAAGCCAGCAGCAAAGCCAGCUCUCCGGGCACGCCCGACUCUGGCAAGUGCCCGUCAAUACUGGGCAGCCCCCACGGCACGCUGGCCAGGCAGGCCAGCCUGGACUCGCCUUCUUCUGGCACGGGGAGCCUGGGCAGCACCGGCGGCCUGAGCGGCGGCAGCAGCCCGCUGUACGGUAAAACCCCCGACCUGUGUACCGACUCGCUGGCCUCCAGCCCCGCCUCUGGCCUCUCCCUGCCCUCCAACGCUCGCCCCUGGCCUGCCUGUAGCUCGUCAGCCGGCAGCAAGGACACACUGAGCUGCCAGAGUAUGACCAGUCUGCACACCAGCUCUGAGUCCAUUGACAUGCCGCUGGGCCAUCACGGGCCUAAGGUUACGCGAACCGGCAGUAUCAAGUCCACCCUGUCUGAGGGCAUGCCCCUUGACAGAAACACGCUCCCCAAAAAGGGACUGAGGUACCCGCCGUCGUCUCGGCAGACGUCCCACGAAGAAGGAAAGGAGUGGUUGAGGUCGCAUUCGACCGGGGGCCUGCAGGACACGGGCAGCCAGUCCCCGCUUUCUCCUCCCGGAGCGGCUUGCAUCAACACUGGAAAAUAUCACUACUCCAACCUCUUAAGUCCAACCAACAUCAACCAGUACAACCUGCCACCAGGCAGCAGCGGCAGCAUGAGCCGCUCCAAUAGCAUCCCCGCUCAGGACUCGUUUGACCUGUACGGAGAGGGCCACCCACUAGGGGGCAGUGCGACCUCCCUGGAGGACCGACCCCGGGCCAUCAGUCGCUCAGGUUCCUUCAGAGACAGCACUGAUGAAGUCCACGGCUCGUCCUUGUCUCUGGUCUCCAGCACAUCCUCUCUUUACUCUGCGACUGAGGAAAAAGCCCAUUCUGAGGGCCAAACAGUCCAAAAUUCCACGCAAAUCAGAAAGCUGCGGCGGGAGCUGGAUGCUUCUCAGGAGAAGGUGGCAACCCUCACGUCUCAGCUGUCUGCCAACGCUCACCUGGUGGCCGCCUUCGAGAAGAGCCUCAGCAACAUGACCUGCCGCCUACAGAGCCUCACCAUGACCGCCGAACAAAAGGAGUCCGAGUUGGCCGAGUUGAGAGAAACCAUAGAGAUGCUGAAGACCCAGAACACCGACGCUCAAACGGCAAUCCAGGUGGCGCUCAACGGCCCGGACCACCUACACAAAGACCUUCGGAUUAGGCGGCAGCACUCGUCGGAAAGCAUGUCCAGCAUCAACAGCGCUGCCAGUCACGCCAGCAUGGGCAGCUUGGGCAAGGACGCCGAGGAUAAAAAGAAGAAGAAGAAGAGCUGGGUGGCUGAUUCCAUCCCGGCUCAGCUGCGCAGCUCUUUCAAGCAGGCGUUCAGCAAGAAGAAAAGCAAGUCGCAGUCGGCCCACGACGAGAUGGAGGAGAUGACCGACUCGGUGCCCUCCUCGCCCAAGCUGCAGCACGACAACAGGCAGGGCAGCAUCGCCACGCUGCGCUCCUCCCCCUCCACCACGGACAAGUGCAUUUGCGACAGCAAGUCCUCCCCAAUAUGGACGCCAAAGAAAAAGCAUAACGGUCAUGUGGUCUACAAACACAGAUCUCGGCUGUGCGAAUGCACGGAGGCCGAGGCCGAGAUCAUCCUGCAGCUGAAGAACGAGCUCCGGGAGAAGGAGCUGAAGCUGACCGACAUCCGGCUGGAGGCUCUCAGCUCGGCGCACCACCUGGACCAGAUCCGGGAGGCCAUGAACCGCAUGCAGAACGAGAUCGAGACCCUGAAAGCGGAGAACGAUCGGCUCAAGUCGAGCGGGAACGCCACGCCCACGGCGACGCCUGUCAAGACAGCCCGGCCGCCCUCCGAGGCCUCCAGCACGUCCUCAUCCUCCUCGCGGCAGUCGCUGGGGCUGUCGCUCAAUAACCUCAACAUCACUGACACCAUCAUGUCCGAUAUUCUCCUGGACGACAGCUACGAGGGAAAUCUCCGUAAGGAAAGUCGGAGUGUGCGGAUAGUGGUCACCAUCAGCAGCGGGCCAAAACGCACCAAGGUUCCACAAAGCCACGAGUUCUUGAUCGGGUCUAUAGGUGUUAGCGGGAAGACCAAGUGGGACGUCCUGGACGGGGUCAUCCGGCGGCUCUUUAAAGAGUACGUGUUCCGGGUGGAUCCUGGGACCAGCCUGGGUCUUAGCUCUGACAGCAUUGUGGGCUACAGGAUGGGGGAAGUGAUCCGCUGCCAUGCCUCCGAAGUGCCUGAGCUGUUGCCCUGUGGGUACCUGGUGGGCGACAACAACAUAAUCAAGGUUCACCUCAAAGGUGUGAAGGAGAACAGCAUAGACAGCCUGGUGUUCGACACACUCAUUCCAAAGCCCAUAAUCCAGCGGUACCUCAACCUGUUGAUGGAGCAUCGGCGGAUCAUCCUCUCAGGGCCCAGUGGCACAGGGAAGUCCUUCCUGGCUGCCAAGCUGGCCGAGUACAUCAUCAGUCAGAUGGGGCAGGAGGUGACUGAGCACAACGUGGCCAGCUUUAAUGUGGACCAGAAUUCAAGCAAGGACCUGCGUCAGUACCUGUCCAGCCUGGCAGAGCGUUGUAACUCUGAGAGGACGGACGCAGAGCUCCCCCAUGUGGUCAUCCUGGACAACCUGCACCACAUCGGCUCUCUCAGCGACAUAUUCAACGGCUUCCUCAACUGCAAGUACCACAAAUGCCCGUAUGUCAUCGGGACCAUGAGCCAGGGAGUCUCCUUCUCUCCCAACCUGGAGCUCCACCACAACUUUAGGUGGGUACUGUGCACCAACCACACGGAGCCGGUCAAAGGCUUCCUGGGUCGCUUUCUGCGCCGGAAGCUCAUCGAGACGGAGAUCAAUAAGAACAUGCGCAGCAAUGACCUGAUCAAGAUCAUCGACUGGAUCCCCAAAACCUGGCAGCAUCUCAACGGCUUCCUGGAGGCGCACAGCUCCUCCGACGUCACCAUAGGGCCUCGUCUCUUCUUGUCCUGUCCCAUGGAAGUAGAAGGUUCCCGGGUUUGGUUCACAGACCUGUGGAACUAUUCUCUGGUCCCCUACCUGCUGGAGGCUGUCAGGGAAGGACUGCAGCUGUACGGUAAGCGAGCCGUGUGGGAGGAUCCGUCCAAGUGGGUGAAUGACACGUAUCCGUGGAAUGCCGCCUUGCUGCAGCAAGAGGGCCAGUCGCUGCUCCAGCUGAGGCCGGAAGACGUGGGAUACGACGGCUACAGCUCGUCCAAGGAGGGGGCGUCGUCCAAGCAGGUUUCUCAGAGCGACACCGAGGGAGACCCGCUGAUGAACAUGCUGCUACGGCUGCAGGAAGCAGCUAACUACUCCAGCACCCAGAGCUGCGACAGCGACAGCACCAGUCACCAUGACGACCAGCUGGACUCCUCCUUGGAGUCGGCCCUAUGAGCCCAAGAACCAGCUCACUUGAAACCUCUAAAGUGGUGGGCAAACCUCGGAACCCCAAAGAACAUCCCCCACCCCCAACACGAUAUGGAUUUAUCCAUCAUUAUCCAGUCCUGCUGCAGCGAGGUGCAACCUGGUCAGGCUGCUGGUCCACCACAGGACCCACACUACAGAUAUAUAAUAUAUGAAAAGUUUUAAUACUCAAACUAUACCCUCAAAUUGAAAGAAAAUGCCUAUAUUUUAAUGGUGCAAUAUGAAAUCCGAAUGUUUUAAGCUGUCAGAGGCUUUACCAACUUGGUCCUUAGUGGUCACAAUGUCAAACCAAACCACAGGUUGGAGACUGUCAACAAACCGUACUGUCCUGUUCAUUUUUGUGACAUUUUUCUAAAAAUGUCAGCGUGUUUGGGAUGAGAAGUAUCCGUAGCUCUGGUGGUUUUUUCCAAAAGUGUUCUCACCAAUGAGACACUUUUCCUUCGGUUUACUUUCAGACGUCGGUUUCCAGAGCGUCCCAGAACAACAAAACCGGAUUUUUUGUUUUGUUUUGUUUUGUUUUACCCAGUUAUGUCUACAGAUGUUUACAUUGCUAUGGCUGGUUCUGUUACGUCUUUCCUUGUUUACAGAGGUGCUUCUUACAGACACACACAAACACACACAGAGGCAGCAGGGAGGAAAUCCCCCCCGGAUUAGAACCUUUUAUCAGUUCAAGUCCCUUCUAUGAACAUCACCAAGAAUGCCAGAGUGUCCUUGAGCAAGGCGCGCUGUCUUUACUGUUUUAAUGGAUGUCGGCUUUCACAGCGGGCCAUGAAAAGCAGAGCAGGUGAAGUUUUUAAUGUCUUCUCGUCGCCAAGUCUGACGCUUUGCACAAUAACUGAUGGAAACUGUUAGCAGUUUUGGCUAACGUUGUGGCUGAUGUAGGACAACUUUGAGCCUUUGCAGUUCAACUAGGAUCGGAAGUUGUCUGCAUUAGAUAUUAUAUAUUAAUACUAUUAUUUAUUAAAGACCCAGAGCCGACCCAGGCAGAAUUUGUUUUCUAUUAAGGUCAUAAGCCGGACUAAUGUCACGUCCACAUUGUCAUUCUUUGAUUAUGUUCGGUUACGUUACAGAAGAUUUGUUUAUACAGAAUUAAACUUGCAGUCUAACUAUAGAUUAGUUGGUUAAUUGGGAUUUCUAGGCAGCUUACCAUUCAUAUCUUGCCAACUGUAGUUCUAAAACUGCAUUAUCUUAAUAAAAGUGAUAGGUGGGCCUCCAUUAGUUUCUCACAUUGUGACUCCAAACAGACAAAUUUGUUUUUUUGUUUUUUUUUUAAGCCAGGGAAAGUUGUAUUUGCCUCCUUUCGUCCAGCUGGGGGCAGUAGCAGCACUGCAUUAGUUAAUGUUCCAUGGUGUGAGAUUGCAACUUCGAACUUUAAACCACAAUUGGGAAAUUCUGGCGGUUUUGAGACCAAAGCCUUUUAAAACCGUGGCACCAGUAACCAGCGUCUUGCCUCGUGAUGAGCAGUUAAUGUUUUGCAUGUGCUGCGAAACAACUUUUGGUGCUUUUACUUUGGAUAAACUGGUUAGGUUUCCAUGAGGCUAAAGCAAGCAACUAUCAGGUGCAAAGCCAACCUCUCCCAUCUAAAAUUUUUAACAUUUCUUAGCUGUUUUUUGAGAAAUCUGUUUUUUGAACUACUAAAACUGUAUUUACACCUAGGAUCUUCUGAACCUGUCGUGCUAAAUUUGGGGAGCUCCUGAGGGCCUCCAAGCCAGUGGCGGACACUGAGCAGCCCCUUUUCCCACAUAUGCCUUGGGUCAGCUCUGAGCAAAUUGGCAGACAUUUGCUUAAGCCUCGUGGUGCUGGGCCCCCCGGCCCGAACCUUAUCAGGGUGAGCCACUGCCAAGCUGUUCCAAAUGCCAACACCAAGCACAAUGAAAGUGUGAGAUCCGUGUGUCGCCCAGUCGUCCUGUUACUAUGAAGGCAACAUGGAAAAGUGCCAAUGAUUCCCUUUGAUCCGACUGCCAAAUGUUCACACCGUACAAACUUGCGAUCAAAAAGCAAAAGCCCACCAUGGUUGUAGAAGUUCGCCAGGGUGGAAUGUAAUCCAAAUACCGAAUAGUCCAAACCCACAUACCCCAAACUCUCACCUGUUCAAUACCCUGCAUCCAUCUUUGUCCUGGAGGUAUCCGAAAACCAGUCGAAGCCGCUGUCCUUUACAGUUGAAGUGGAUCAGCCGAGAGCCGUAAAAGGGAACAAUAAUGUUGGUGCUUUCUAACUGCCUUAAACGUUCCUUCGCUUUCUCUGGCUGUUGUUGGAAGAGGGGUGCGUUUCACGGUAGGAUCCUGCUAACCUGCUUCCGUCGCCUGUCAAAGAUGCCGUGUCUAGUAUGAGAUGUAGGCAUGACUGCUUGGGACCCCGUCUUCUUCUUAUGAAGCAUCCUUACUUCUUCCUGACAGUAAGAAGUUAAAAGACAUAACGCUGUAUUUCAGUUCAAAAACAGACAAAUAUUGUAUAAAGAAACACUAAAAAAAAGGGGGGGGUUGGGUAUUUUUUUAGUUGGUGUUUUGCGCCCAGUUGAGCUGGGCUCACUUGAAUUACCAGGAGCACAACCAAACUGUUUUGUUUUUGUUUUAUUUCUUUUUAUUAAGCCUGAUGAGCAUGUUUUGAAGCUUUUUUUUUUU